AAAGAGAAAAAAAAAAAUAAAAAAAAACCCAACAGGAUGGCCAACUCAGCAUUGGAGAUAGUGGCUCUUUUAUUGACCCUGAUUGGGCUGAUUGGGGCAGCAGCCAGCACUGGGAUGCCGAUGUGGCGAGUCACAGCUUUCAUUGGGGAAAACAUCAUUGUGUUUGAGACUCGCUACGAGGGUCUGUGGAUGAAUUGCUUUCGGCAGGCCGACAUCAGGAUGCAGUGUAAGGUGUACGACUCUCUCUUGGCCCUAUCCCCUGACCUACAGGCGGCACGGGGCCUCAUGUGCUCCGCUGUGGCGCUGGGUGGCCUCGGUCUGCUGAUCAGUUUGGUGGGGAUGCAGUGCACGUCAUGCAUUGAAAACGAUGAUCGGGCAAAGCGACUGGUCCUCAUCAUUGCAGGAAGCAUGAUCAUAAUGGCUUGUAUCUGCGUCCUUAUCCCUGUCUCGUGGACGGGUCAUGUCAUCAUCAGGGACUUCUACAACCCUUUGCUGAUCGACGCCCAGCGCAGGGAGCUUGGAGAGGCUCUGUACAUCGGCUGGGUGGCCUCCGCGUUCUUGUUCGCUGGAGGAUGCAUGUUCACUUGCUGCAACCUGCAGUCCGAAGGCAAAGGUUCAGAGAGGUACGUGUACUCCAGGGCCUCCGACUACAUGGCGUAUCCUCCACAGCCUCUGCAGCCUCAGCAGCUGCUGCUACUUCCCCAGCCGCAGCCCCAACCACAACCAGUGCUGUCAAGACACCCAUCAACUAUCUACACCUACCACUCCAGACACCCCUCUGUACGCAGUGGGGUGGCUUAUCUCUGA